GGAAGGGGCGGGGCUCGCGGAGCGCGGGAACUGAAGAUUCCCCUCAGCGACGGUCCGGUACUUUCAACGUACACGCAGUGUGGUCUGGGCUGGCAGGUGACGACGGCCAGUAUACUGAGUUCAAUCCCCUUCGUCUCUUGCGUGGCAUGUUACAGAGACGCUUGGUAACAGGCAAGUUGAAUGCAGCACACAGAAAGGUUGUACAACGGUGCCCAGAGAAGUGUUGUGGGAUGUGUCAAUGAUUGCAGUACAGGGUGACCUAAACUACAAAAGGUUAAAGUGAUGAGUAGAAUUAUAAGUUACAUGUCAUAUUGGUAAACUAAGUUUUGGACCAUCCGUUACUGUAAAGGGUGGGGUAAUAAAAUAUAAAUGGAUGAAAAUUAAUCAAUGCAUUUUCAAGGAUUUGUAUUAUAUACCGUAAUGCCUUCAUGAAUUGUACACUGUGGUACUUAUACGUAUGGGUUUGGCCGUGCAUUGUUAACAAUGUGCUCUCGUGAAAUCUUCAACUUAUUUUGCAGACCCACCAAAUGGAGCAUUUAUCAGAGAUUAAUGAUUUGUACACCAACUAAUCGUCCUUAUUGCUGCAUUCGUCAUUGUAAGUCUCCAUCCACUGCUGGAGGAGGGCCAUCUCCAUUGGCGCCCAGGUUGCCACCGCCGCCGCACCAUCGCGACCACACCACCCGCUCUCGCUUCUGCGUUUGUUCGCCGCUUUGACAUCCAGCACCAUGGAGGACUCGGGCAAGAAAACUCCGCUGCCCGUGCCGACGUUCUUCGCCGAAGCAGAGCGUCGAAUGUUCCUGGAGAAGCGUCUCGGGCACACGCCGGUGGCGCCGCCGCGACCGCCCACGAAGAGCUCGUCAACGCUGCGGCGCUGCUUGAACAAGACGGGGGACUCCGAGGACGGCGGGGCCACGACGGCGCCGCGCCACUGGAGCUCGCAGCGGCCGCACUCCGUAUCGUUCCACAGCUUAGAGAACUCGCUGCUGCGAAGCCGCAUCUACGACAAAAGCCGCAGCGAGGUCACCUACUUUGCGCAGUGCUUCGAGGUCCUGGAACGGAUCGGCCUGGGCUCGUUCGGGGAAGUAUUCAAGGUGCGCAGCUGGGAGGACAGCCGCAUGUACGCGGUGAAGCGGUGUCGCGAGCCGUUCCGUGGCGAGCGUGACCGUGAGCGCAAGCUGGAGGAGGUGGCCAAGCACGAGCGCCUGGAGCCGCACCCCAACUGCGUGCGCUUUGUGCGCGCCUGGGAGGAAAAGCAGCACCUCUACAUCCAGACGGAGCUGUGCGCGAUGAACCUGCAGCAGUACUGCGAGGAGGUGUGCGGCGGGCGGCUGAGCGAAUGCGAAGUGUGGGCCGUGGCCGUGGACCUCCUGCUGGGUCUGCAGCACCUCCACCGGGGAGGCCUCGUGCACCUCGACGUGAAGCCGGCCAACGUGUUCCUGAGCACGACACCACCGCCGCGCCGCUACAAGCUCGGCGACUUCGGACUCGUCGUCGACCUGCAGCGGGGUGACCACGCCGAAGCACAGGAGGGAGACCCCCGGUACCUGGCACCAGAGCUCCUGCAGGGACAUUUCAGCAAGGUGGCCGACAUCUUCAGUGCAGGUAUGACUUUGUUGGAGGUGGCCUGUAACCUGCAGCUACCCACCGGUGGCGAGGGCUGGCAGCAUUUGCGGCAAGGCUUCCUGCCCGAUGACUUCAUCGCAGGUCUGUCAGAGGAUCUGGUCAGCAGUAUACGGGCAAUGCUGGAGCCGGAUCCGGGCCGCCGAGCCUCCGUGGAAGAGCUGUUGGCGCGACCAGAGAUGCGCCGGGCCGCCCGCCAGCGUCGCCUCCACUUGGCCUCCCAAGCCACCUGGUGUCAUCUCUUCACCGCCGUGCAGGCAGUCUGGUCUGUGCUGGCAGGCGUGUGCAACAAGAUUAUGGCGUGUCUCGGCCACUUGGCUGCCUUUGCCGUGCCCUGGCCCCUGAGCUCCUCCUCCCCCGUCACGCCCCCCAUGUCUUCGUCGUCGCGAGUGUCUGCCUCUGCGAGCGACGGAGACGGUGACGGCGACAACUCCAGUGGCAGCAGACGCGAUUUAAGCCCCGACUGGGACCGCAGCCUCAGCCUGAGCGACGACGCGUUCAUGCCCUUGCCAACCGGUGACCCCAUGCCCUCUGCCUCGAAGUCACUGUACAGCGCGUCGCCCGUGACGAGACCUCGGACUCAGGUGGCCACCACAUCCACCCCGCGCAACCGCUCGCCCGAGCCGCUCAACCGCAGCGCCCGCAGCCUCAGUGCGGCUGAAGCAACAGUGGCCGCACAGGCCAGCCCCAACAUCAGCCUCAUCCUGCAGCCUGCGUGUGCCAACGAGGAGGAGGAGGAGGAUAAGGGGGGGAGGAGGAGGAGCAAGGGACGCAGCCCGGGUGGAUCGGUGCUGCGAAGGGUUCUCCACUUCGGAUCGGGCCUCUCCAGCGCCUCGGCGCGAGCCUCCCGCGAGCGCGACUGGCUUGACAGCAGCGGCGCCGAUGCCGUGAGCAACGCCCACGACGGAAAUGGGGACCACACGGACGACAACGACGAGGAGGAGAUGAUGCUGAGGUCCUUCAAACCGUGCAGCCUCAUCGACGCGCUGAAUGAAGUGGACACCGCAAACGCAGACUGAGGCCUGCUCGGAUUCGUGCCUUGAGCCGCGCUGUCCGGCCGUUGGCUGUCAGUGUUCGGGAGACGAUUUACCGCCACCGUGACCGUUCCUGUGAUUCACUUUGGAGCAUUCAGGGUGGAUUGGUCAUUGGCUACGUGCCUUCUUGCAUAUAUCAAAAAGGAACCACAGGAAGGGAUCUUCUGCUUUUUGCCAUCAUUUCACUCCAUCCAAGACCCCAGAGUGUUUAUUCUUUUUUAUUUUUGUGGGGUUUUUUUGUUGGAUGGAGGAGCCACUGAUCGGCAGUUGCUGAAUGUAAUCAUCCCCCAGGUGUCCUUGACCGUUUUGUCGACUAUUUUUUGAUAGGAGUUGUUACCGUGAUAUCUCCUGCUCACAUAUGUCACCAUUUCCUUGGCUAUGUGAGAAAUGGCACAGAGAUUAGCACUUCUCUUCUGUUUCACUCUCACUGAAUGGUCGGUCUGCGAGACUUAGUCAUUUGCUGAACGCUGGUUAGGUUAUCCGCUCGUUAUUUAUAGCGGCUGUGAAAACAACAGUGAUCAAGAUGACCGAACAGUGUUGCUGCUGCUAAUGACGAAGCGCGACAAGACGGCAAUAUGGAUCGUUUAUCGAUGCCUGUGGUAAAGAAGAAAUUCUAAUGAUAAUUAUAUUCCCACGUCUGUUAUUUAGAGAAAUCCACUUCUCAGAAGUCAAGAGCACUGAGAACCCUGAGUUCUAAUCCAGGCAGUUUCCUCUGCCUAAACUGGCUUCUCAAGAGUCACAAAUUUAUUGGUCUCAGUCCGGUCACCAAUUACUACACACACCAAAUACAUGACAUUAAAUAUGGUUCUGCACUUCAUUUGGCUGUAUGCAAGCUCUGAGACCUAAUUUUAUUAUUAGUUUGGCCAUCAUGACGUGAACAUUAUUCGCAUAUGCAGAGCCAGCGUGCUUUUACUGUGAGGCAAAGUACUGGUACUGUGAGACCAGAGGUUACUUGAUGGGAUCUCGGAGGUAGCUCUGUGAUAAUCGCUUCUGUCGGCCGUUCUCGAAUACGAACGGUUGCACUCCUCUGCAGGAGAUGCGAAUGACGUCCUUGGUUCGUGAGAAUGUGACGCCAGUGCCGCAAUCGGAGAGAAUUGGUGAAAGAUUUUUUCUUGGGAUGAGAAUUUGCUCCACCUCCUGAACCCAGACUGCCACGUGCUUUGUUUUGGCUGAUCCUAUCAGAAUUUAACUAAACUCCUUCGCUUGGGCAGCAUGUGGUUUUUGUACAAGUGACGUCUCCAUGAUGUCCGCCGUCUGCAAUGACUUGCGUUUCAGGGCUGUGUUGGGAUUUUAGGUUGAACGUACUUUGUCCUAUGGAUUAAGUCCUUCCAUCGAGGUGGUUUAAUUCCGCGAAGUUCGACGGAAUAACGUGGUGCAAUAGUUUCGGAGUGCGGUGGUUUUUUUAGUGCAAUUUUCUUACCGAUUGCUGCUUUAAUGUCGCUUUUCCCAAAAAAUGUCUGCAGAAACGAUGCCCUCCCCCCCGAUGCAAGUCACCUUUCACGUUUGAUAAACAGCCAUUCCCUGACACUACACGAGGGGGCUUUGCCAAAGAAAAUUUGUGCCACAGUUGGUGGUGUCAUCGAUGCGCACGAUCUUUUUAAUUUGCAUUUUCACGUAGGUAUUCUUGCGUAACGUUUCUCCAGUGUGUGUUAUUAUAUCCAAGUACGUGUCGCAAAUUUCGCACGUUAUUUAAAAAGCGGUGAAAUUAUCGGAAAAUCUCACCGUUUUUGUGUUUACGUUUAAUCCUUGAGGGCAGUGUAUUUAUUGUUAUUAUGAAUGUUUUCGUCUUAUUCAGGUGCUCUGCGUAUACAGAGGGAUGGGGGUCAAUACGCGUCUCUCAGUCCCGAUGAAAAUUCGCUCGCAUGGGCUUCUCGCCAGGGUGUCAUCAAGUGAAAGCUGGGACUGUAAACACUGCUCGGAUAAUGCAGCCUGGCAGGGGACUCAGCCAAUGUAACCUGCACGCGUGUCCCUGUACCAGUACAGUGCCAUUCACGUAGUGGCGAUAGCGUUUUUGGUCUGCGACGUUUUUCAUCCCAUUACCCUAGCCGCACAAAAUAUACAAUUCUAAAUUCUCACUGCCUAAUUCAUCCAAAUAUGCAAUAUAAUAUCCAGUCAAUACAAAUAUCCAUAAGCUGGUUAUCAGAGGUACGGUUUACUCAUGAUUCCUAACCAGGGUUAAAUACGGUACACUAUCACCUUGAUUCCAAAAAAACAUUGCGAUUGCAAACGCUGCUGGGAGCCGCUCUUGGCAAGGUUGUCCGACGUACUUCUUCACACGGACAGAGAGGGGUGAUCAGCAACGUGUCAAUAUUCAUCUCACGGUACUGCCCCUACAGAGGUGUUCGUCAUUCACAAACUGACACACUUGUUAAAAUACAUCUUCGAAGUAUUAUAAACUGAAGGAAGUGGGCACAGCAAACGCAGACUGUAUUAUGCAUCUAUAAUGGCAGCAGCGAAACAUUUUCACCGUCUCAGCAAUAAUUUGUCAGGAUGCCCUUUUGAACUGUAUGAUACCGGUGUUUUUGGACGUUUUAUAUUAGUGUCUGGUGGAAAACUCAGAAAGUCUCCAGAAUUUACAUGGGCGAACACCAACCCUUAUUCAACCCCUUAUUGAGACUGACCUCCACACUGCUUCCAUGAUCUCCGCAAAGCAGUUCUGAUUCUCUGAUCAAGGGUCAGGGCCAAAGGGCUUGGCCUUCACGGGGCGGAGAGAGGGAUUCAUUUAGCGAGGGAUUUGCAGAGGCGUCUUGUCCCAUGCGGUGAAUUUAACAUUUGUGCAAUGCUUGCGCGUGAUUUAGACUGCAUGUACGUCCAGCCAAGGUUGGGUUGGGUUGGAGUGAGAUGGGGGGGGGGGGUAGGAUUUACCUUUGUUGAUUGUAACGUAUGAAUGUAUGCUAUGCGAAUAAACAAGCACACUGCCGAUGCAUUCA